AUGACUGCAAAUCUACCGCAGAAUCACCUCGCCACAUCUGAAACUACAAACUCGCCUCAACUCAUCCUGUUGUACACUCUCUCCGCAGCUUUCAUCUUUCUACCACGCCUCAACACACAUCUCAACAUCCCAGUCACUGCCUCUCUGGUUUCUCAACUCGUCAUCACUAUCGGUUUCUUCGGCACAUUGACUUACCUGGGCAUUGAAAGUCUUUACAUUUCUGCUACCAGCUUCGCUGUUUACUUUGGUACCCAGUGGCGACUGCCCGCCUCUGGGGUUGACAGGUUUUGGGUCAAGAUGGCCACCAGUGUAAUUGCAGCGAUAUGGCUUACAUCCAGACUCUUCUUCAAGAACCCAAAAUCAGGAAGCGAAGGUUGGGAAGCAGCAAAACGGAACAUCGCAGCAAAGCGAGGAGCACAAAAAGUCGCUACAGCAGAGCAAGGAGGCGUGGUGGCAGAGAGUACAGACGAUGGACCUGCAUGGAUGUGGGCAUCUUGUGCUUUCGCAUACGCGGCUGCAGUAUUCGACUCCAAAGAAUGGUUCCAGAGCGUGUUGAGAGGUGGUGCAAAGUGGGUCUUGCAAGAUGGAGAUGGACUGUUGCAGCAAGGACCAGGAGAGUUGAUGUGA